CAGGUUCCCAUUACGCAGAGCAUGCCGCUGAGUUUGGACGGGAGCAGCCUGUGGAGCUGAAGUUGUGGCAGCUGGAUGUAAAGUCACCCGCUCCAGGAUAGACAACGUUUCACACGUCGAGGGUCAACUUGGUGAGGCUGUGGAGAGCUAAAUGACAAGGAGGCAGCGGCACAAAACCACGCACUGAUACACGGGGCAUUAUGGAGAGCAAGGGAGUAAGCCGCUGCAAAAUUGUGGUGGUCGGCGAUACGCAGUGUGGCAAGACGGCUCUCCUGCACGUUUUUGCAAAAGAUUCGUACCCAGAGAAUUAUGUUCCCACUGUAUUUGAGAAUUACACAGCCAGUUUCGAGAUCGACAAGCACAGGAUCGAGCUGAACAUGUGGGACACUUCAGGUUCGGCGUACUAUGACAAUGUGCGGCCGUUAGCCUAUCCAGACUCGGACGCCGUGCUCAUCUGCUUCGACAUCAGCCGCCCGGAGACGCUGGACAGCGUGCUGAAAAAGUGGCAAGGAGAGACCCAGGAGUUCUGCCCCAACGCCAAAGUGGUGCUGGUGGGCUGCAAGCUGGACAUGAGGACAGACCUCAACGUACUGAGGGAGCUUUCCAAACUACGACUCAUUCCCGUCACCCAUGAACAGGGCACUAAUUUGGCGAGGCAGAUUGGAGCCGUGGCCUAUGCUGAGUGCACCUCCAAGUAUUCGGAGAACAGCGUCCGUGAUGUAUUCCACGUCACCACCUUGGCGUCUGUGUCCCGCGCGCAUCGGCCUCAGCUCAAGCGCGCCGGCUCACGACGUGGCCUCAAGCGGGUCUCCCAGCAGCCGCCCCGGACUGAGAUUCACGAGCACCCGCCCGCCAUUAGAAAGGACCGCGCCAAAAGCUGCGUGCUCAUGUAAGGACCAGAGCACAGCUACCCAAGAGCGUGGGCAGGUGGACAUAUCCCAUACUACACAUGAACUUAAUUUAUUUGGUUAAUUCUUGUCAAACCUUUGCACUGCAUAAAAGGACAAUGUGAUGAAAACAACAAAGAAUGCUAUACUGUGGAGUUCUCUGAGGAACCGUUUGUCCAUCACUGACAAAGCUCUCAUUGUUACUUUUCUUUGUGGGCCCGUUUUCAUCAGGGGAAGCCAUUGUAGUGGCGACGACUAUUUUUCCUAAACCCAUUUACUUGAGCAAUGGACAAAAAGACCAUGGACGCCAAUGGGUUGGCUAGCAAAUGAGAUAGAAUGACCGAAAACAACUGAAACUGAAUGUGAGGAAUGGAGACAGAGGCGGAAAAAUAAUUUGACAUGCACCAGCUAUAUAAAAAAAAAAAAAAAAAGCUGGUCUUGACCAUUAUUAUGUUGUUUCCUGUUCUGAAAUGCUAUUCUCUCUCUAAGUGUUUUAAGUAAACGAAGCACAGUAAGAUGCACGCAAUCUGUUCAGAGUUACUCAUAAAUGUCAGGGAAUUAAAUUGUUGUUCCACUUCAUAUAAUGAUUUCAAAAGAAAGAUUCCUUGUCUGGAUAGACAAAAGUUAAUGGGCUGAGAUGACACUAAUUUUCUUAAACCACAAGUGCUUUUAAGAUUUAGAAUCGAAUAAUCACUCACCACAUAAUACUGCAGUGUUGUGAAAUUAAUCUCGUUCUGAUAUUCUUGAUUGGGAAGUAAAGUCACAGAGGGA